CCGGAGCGAGGUGACGUCCGAGCGUUCUUGCCUGCGCCGACACGCGGCGGGGGCUGUGACAGUUGCUGGGCGGAGACAGUUCAGUGAAGAAAGACCUAGGAAAGAAUCGGGACUGGCAGGAGGUACUUAACUGAAAGAAUCUCUGUCCCACUGCUGCAACCAAACCAGAUGCCUUCUUCCACUUCACCAGACCAAGGAGAUGACCCGGAGGCCUGUGUUUUAAGAUUUUCUGACUUGGAUUUAAAAGAUUCAAGUUUUAUUAAUCCCAGCAGUAGUCUCAAAGCAGAAUUAGAUGGCAGAACCAAGAAGAAAUAUUCAUUUGCAAAGAAAAAGGCCUUUGCCCUUUUCGUCAAAACCAAAGAAGUUCCAGCAAAAAGGAGUUUUGAAUGUAAAGAAAAAUGGUGGAAAUGCUGUCAGCAACUAUUUAUGGACCAGUCCAGCAUCCAUAGACAUGUGGCAACACAACAUGCUGAUGAAAUUUAUCACCAGACUGCUUCUAUUUUAAAGCAACUGGCUGUGACAUUGAGCACCCCAAAGAGUCUUACAUCUGCAGACAAAAAGAACCCUCUAAAAGAGUGCCUUGCCCAUAGCCAUGAAGUGUCUUCCUGGCUCCCUGAUAUAAGCUGCUUUAGCCCUGAUGAACUGAUAAGUGGCCAGAGCAGUGAUGAAGGUGAGGUGCUACUGUAUUAUUGCUACCGUGACCUGGAGGAUCCCCAUUGGAUCUGUGCCUGGCAGACAGCUCUGUGUCAGCAUUUGCACCUCACGGGCAAGGUUCGAAUUGCUACGGAAGGAAUCAAUGGGACAGUUGGUGGAAGCAAAUUGGCCACCAGACUCUAUGUGGAAGUCAUGCUUUCCAGCCCAUUGUUUAAAGACUAUCUGUGUAAGGACGAUUUUAAGGCCAGCAAAGGAGGACCUCACUGUUUUCCAGAAUUGCGUGUUGGUGUAUUUGAAGAAAUUGUGCCCAUGGGGAUCAGCCCCAAUAAGAUCUCCUACAAGAAGCCUGGAGUCCAUUUAUCCCCAGGUGAAUUUCAUAAAGAAGUAGAAAAGUUUUUAUCUCAGGCAAAUCAAGAACAAAGUGAUACUAUUCUACUGGAUUGCAGAAACUUCUAUGAAAGCAAAAUAGGACGAUUCCAGAGCUGCUUAGCUCCAGAUAUCAGGAAAUUCAGUUACUUCCCUAGCUACGUUGACAAAAAUCUGGAACUUUUCAGAGGGAAGAGGGUGCUGAUGUACUGCACUGGGGGCAUCCGUUGUGAGCGGGGUUCAGCCUACCUCAGAGCCAAGGGAGUGUGCAAGGAAGUGUUCCAGCUCAAGGGUGGCAUUCACAAGUACCUGGAAGAGUUUCCUGAUGGUUUUUACAAAGGGAAGCUGUUUGUUUUUGAUGAGCGUUAUGCCCUGUCCUACAACAGUCACGUGGUAUCAGAAUGUUCAUACUGUGGAGCCCAGUGGGACCAGUAUAAACUCUGCUCAACUUCCCAAUGCCGCCAGCUUGUUUUGACCUGUGCUGCUUGUCAAGGAAAAGGAUUCACAGCCUGUUGUGCCACAUGUCAAGACAAAGGGAAUAGGCAGUCUUCAGGACUUACUCAGGACAGCUUUAAAGAGGAAUGCGAGUGUACAGCUCGACGGCCACGCAUUCCUAGGGAAUUCUCAUGGCAUGCACAACACCCUGUGAGGCCAGGGCCCAAUGUUGGUGAGGGUGGGCCAGUGCUUGUGUGAGUAGCACCUUCAGCAUUUCCCCAAGCUUUCACAAAGUAGGUUUCGGGAGACCAUGUAUAGGAGAAUGUCAAGGCUGCAGAAACAGAGCAAUGGAGAACGUUAGUGCUGGCCAGUGACACUGUGGCAAACUGGUCACCAUAUUAGCCACAUACAUUUCACAGGGGGAGGGAGAGGGAGUUGGACAUUGACCUCUUACCUGAAACAUUCUGAUUCAGAAGAUGCUACAGCAAGAAAAAAGGUGAGCUGUGUGGGAUCCCAAAGCUUCUAAGAGAUAGAGCCUUGAGCCUGGUGACCAUGUCAUGCCCUUUCUCUGCCAUGCAGCAGGACUAUUAGUAGUCAUUACUGUUGUCAGCAAAAAUGUGAAAGCUAUGGCCCUGGGAGCAGACUCCUAAACCAGGCCACUUAGGUCAUCUGCCAUCUACCCCUACCUCUGUAUCCUCUCUGACAGCCUGAAGGGAUCUGCAAAGUAUGGCCUUUUGGCUCACCUCCUGCUUUUGUGAAUAAACUUCAUUGGAACAGCCACACCCAUUCCUGAUCUAUGGCAGACUUGAGUAGUUACGACAGAGACUAUAUGGCCUGCAAAGUCUAAAAUACUUACUGUCUGGCCCUUUACAGAAAAGUUUUCCAACCCUGGUCUAGACCAACAGCUUGUCUGAUGGAGAUGGCCUUAAAGCUGUGGCCUACCUUCAGUUUUUAUUGAUUUAGUUUCUGUGAAAAAUUUUCCCCCAAGUAUCCACUAUCUUAGCUUUUAAGUGUUCUCUUUGAGAAAUUCUGAUAAGCUCGAUACACUGAUAUUUGAGCAGCAGUUUUUAGAUCAGGACCUAUGAUACGAGACACAAUCUUAGAGAGGUCAUUCAGCACUGCCUUGGUGGCAGCCCAACCUUCUUGCCAGCGUGCUGGGCACAUGUCCCCGUCACAUAGGUCUUAAGAAAGACAUACGCUGCCAUACAUAGACCAACAGAUUUAAUAUUAUGUUGCAGUUUCCAGUGAUGCAGAAUUCAGCUGCAGUUGUGUUUCAAGGAGAAGCCGAGUGGGGAUGGCCGUCCCUGCAGCAUGGUGCCGCUCCUGGGCCCAUUUGCAGCCUCAGUAGACACUCUUCCAUAGUGGUGAGGCCUUGGCCCCACCUCUAGUUACCCUGUACUGUCCAUGGCAUUACAGUUCAGUGUGCAAGACUUUUCCUUUUUCAUCAGUAGCCUCUCUGCUCAGUGCUCUGCAGCUCAGUCUGUGCUCAUCAGCUCUUUGGCCUAAGAGUUGCUGAAUCACUAACUCCCCAAAGCAACAAACAAAAACACUAGUUUAACUGGCACUGUGGUGUAUCAAAGGCACAAGGGCAUUAUGGCUUAACGUUUUCACUGGAUCCCAAGAGAUGCACAUGAUGUUUAAAAGGGGUCAGGCAGAAAUAGCAAAAUAACAUUUUCAGAAUAAGUAUCUUGGGUGGGAUGGUUUGGCCAGAAUUUCCCGAUUCUUUAAUAUCUGGAGUUUCUUCACCAUUGCCCAUUAGAGGCUUAAUCUAUAGAUAUGAGAUCAGUGGUGAUUUGUCUAAUAGUGAAGAGACAGGUAGUUGAAGUCUGUAAGCCUGGUCAUCCUGAAAACCAUAGCCAUAAUGGACUGAAAAUUAAUCCUCUAGUGUUUUGCCUCACAUAAGCCAUUUGCCCACUGUGCAAUAUAGAAACGUGUUUUCAAGUAUGUGGCCACAGGUUUUCACAUCUAUCAAAAAGUUGGCAUUCAAUAAGGAAAAAUUUCUUUCUGUCUCCAGUAUUAAAUUGUAAAUAAAUCCCAAAUGUUCAUAAGGAACACUCAGGGAUAUGUUUGUUGCCUGGGAUUGGUAAGGAAAGAAUGGUUUUUGAAACUUGAAAUUUUACCACUGCUUGUUCUGUCAUUUUCUCAUAUUCAGCAAAAGGAAUCUCAUGUUCUUUGAUUCCUGGCAGAGCUCUGUGGCUUCAAUCUUUUUUAAUUUAGAGGGGAAAAUUCUGUUCUUGAUCCAGUAAUCAAUUUGGCAACUUUAAUCUUGAGAUUCUUGAAAUUUAAAGGAGGGUUAAUAAAGAAUGAUACCUGUUCUAUUUGCUAAAUAGCUAAGAUCAAAUUUUUAAUAAAGUAUU